AUGGCCCGCAAAGCCCUCGCAAAAGACCAAUUCGUCAAGCUCAUUGUGGGCGCUGGCCAGGCCAGCCCCAGUCCCCCUGUUGGUCCAGCCCUGGGAAGCAAAGGAGUCAAGAGCAUGGAUUUCUGCAAGGAAUUCAACGCCCGGACAGCGCAUAUUCAGCCCGGCACCCCGGUUCCAGCCUACAUCACCAUCCGCCCCGACCGCUCGUUCGCCUUUGAGCUGCGCACCCCUACUACAUCGUGGCUACUACUACAAGCAGCACAGGUCGAACCGCGCAAGGGCCGUCUACGCGGCGCCCAGAAUCCCGGCACAGAAGUCGUUGGCUCAGUGACCCUGAAACACGUAUACGAGAUCGCCAAAAUCAAGCAGUCAGAGUUGAGACUGUCGGGAUUGAGUUUGCAAGGCCUAUGCAAGAGUGUUAUUGCACAGGCCAAAUCGAUUGGCAUCAACGUGGUCAUGUGA